AUGGUGGUGGCGGGCCGCGCGGUCUAUGGUGAUGAGGCGGCGGACCGGGCGGCCGCGGCCCUCGUGGUUCUGGCCGGGGUGGCGGCGGCCUCGGCUGUUCUGGACGGGGCGGCGGACGUCCCGGCGGCGGGGGCCUGGGCGGUUCUGGCCUGGGCGGCGGGCCCCUCGGCGGUUCUGGCCGGGGCGGCGGGCCCUUGGGCGGUUCUGGCCGGGGCGGCGGGGCCCUGGGCGGUUCUGGCCUGGGCGGCGGGGCCCUGGGAGGUUCUGGCCGGGGCGGCGGGGCCCUGGGAGAUUGUGGCCGGGGCGGCGGGGCCCUUGGCGGUCUGGCCGGGGCGGCGGGGACCUGGGCGGUUCUGGCCGGGGCGGCGGGGGCCUGGGAGGUUCCGGGCGAGGAGGCGGAGGGCCGGGUGGGCGUGGCCGGGGUUCAGGCCGGGGCGGCAUGGUGAUGAAAAGGGAUG